GGAGUUUAGGGCGUUUUCCCAGGAUUUGGGGCAGUUAAGGGUUUUUUCACCCCAUUUUGGGCAGAGUUUAGGGUAUUUUCCCACCAUUUUGGGGUAGAAUUAAGGGCAUUUUCAUGUUUUUGCGCCAUUUUGGGCAGAGUUUAGGGUAUUUUCCCACCAUUUUUGGGUAGAAUUAAGGGUAGUUCCAUGUUUUUGCCCCAUUUUGGGCAGAGUUUAGGGUAUUUUCCCACCAUUUUGGGGUAGAAUUAAGGGUAGUUCCAUGUUUUUGCCCCAUUUUGGGUAGAGUUUAGGGUAUUUUCCCACGAUUUUGGGGUAGAAUUAAGGGUAUUUUCAUGUUUUUGCCCCAUUUUGGGCAGAGUUUAGAGUAUUUUCCCACAAUUUCAGGGUAGAAUUAAGGGCAUUUUCCCAGGAUUUGGGGUAGUUAAAGAUCUUUUUAUGCUAUUUGGGGCAGAAUUAAGGGCAUUUUUGCUCCAUUUGGGGCAGAUUUGAGGUUUUUUCCCCAGGGAUUUUGAGCAGUUAAAGGUAUUUUCAUGCCAUUUUGGGCAGAGUUAAAGGUCUUUUCAUGCCAUUUGGGGCCAAGUUUGGGGCAUUUUUAUAUUUUUGCUCCAUUUUGGGCAGAGUUGGAAUUUUUUCCCAGGAUUUUGGGCAGAGUUAAGGGUCUUUUCAUGCCGUUUUGGGCAGAAUUAAGAGCGUUUUCCCAGGAUUUUAGGCAGUUAAGGGUCUUUCCGUGCCGUUUUGGACAGAAUUGAGGGCGUUUUCCCAGGAUUUUGGACAGUUGGGUUUUUUUUCAUGCCAUUUUGGGCAGAGUUAAGGAUGUUUUCACAUCAUUUGGAGCAGAGUUAGGGGCAUUUCAGCAUUUUUGCUCCAUUUUGGGCAGAGUUAAGGGUCUUUCCAUGCCGUUUUGGGGAGAGUUAAGGGUCUUUCCAUGCCAUUUUGGGCAGAAUUAAGAGCGUUUUCCCAGGAUUUUAGGCAGUUAAAGGUCUUUCCAUGCCAUUUUGGGGAGAGUUAAGGGUUUUUCCAUGCCAUUUUGGGCAGAAUUAAGGGCUUUUUCCCAGGAUUUUAGGCAGUUAAGGGUCUUUCCAUGCCGUUUUGGGCAGAGUUAAGGGCAUUUUCCCAGGAUUUUAGGCAGUUAAGGGUCUUUCCAUGCCGUUCUGGGCAGAGCUAAGGGUCUUUCCAUGCCAUUUUGGGCAGAAUUAAGAGCAUUUUCCCAGGUUUUUAGGCAGUUAAGGGUCUUUCCAUGCCGUUUUGGGCAGAGUUAAUGGUCUUUCCAUGCCAUUUUGGGCAGAAUUAAGAGCGUUUUCCCAGGAUUUUAGGCAGUUAAGGGUCUUUCCAUGCCAUUUUGGGCAGAAUUAAGGGCUUUUUCCCAGGAUUUUAGGCAGUUAAGGGUCUUUCCAUGCCAUUUUGGGCAGAGCUAAGGGUCUUUCCAUGCCAUUUUGGGCAGAAUUAAGAGCAUUUUCCCAGGAUUUUAGGCAGUUAAGGGUCUUUCCAUGCCGUUUGGGGCAGAGUUAAGGGUCUUUCCACGUGAUUUGGGGCAGAGCCAGGGGCGUUUGGGCGUUUCCGCUCCGUUUCGGGCGGCAGAUCCAGGGGCGUUUUCGCUCCGUUCAGGGCCGUUUGCCGGCGGCGGGGGGCGGCGGGGGGCAGAGUUGAGGUCGUUCUCCCGCCGGCCGGUUGGCCGGUCGGUCGGUCGGUCGGUCCGUCGGCCGGUCGCCCUCCGCGGCGCCCGCUCUGACCGCCGCCGGCAGGAGCCGCCCGGCCCGGGCCGGCGCCAUGGAGGCGCCGUGCGGCGCCGUGGUGCACGUGGACUUCCCGGAGAUCACCAGCGCCUUGUUGGCCAACCUCAACCAGCAGCGGGUAGAGGGCAAACUCUGCGACAUCUCCAUCCACGUCCAAGGCCGCGUCUUCCGGGCCCACCGGGCCGUGUUGGCCGCCUCGUCUCCCUACUUCCACGACCAGGUGCUCCUCAAGAACAUGACGUCCAUCGUCCUGCCCGGCGUCAUGGAUCCGGGCGCUUUCGAGACGGUUUUGGGUGCCGCCUACACCGGUCGCCUCACCAUGGCCUCCGACGAGAUCGUCAACUUCCUCACGGUGGGCAGCGUCCUCCAGAUGUGGCACAUCGUGGACAAGUGCACGGAGCUGCUCAAGGAAGGGCGGGCGGCGCCGGCGGGCGGCGCCGGCCCUCCCUCCUCCUCCUCCUCCUCGUCGUCCUCUUCGUCGUCGUCGUCCUCUUCGUCGUCGUCCUCCUCCUCCUCCUCGUCCUCCUCGGCGCGGGCGCACUCGAGCCGCGCCAGCGAGAACCAGUCGCCCAGCAGCAGCAACUACUUCAGCCCCCGCGAGACGGGCGACGGCGCCGAGCCCGGCACCAAAUACGCGCCGCGGGGACCGCCGGGACCCGCCGACCGCGACGCCUCCGAGGGUGCCGACGACGACCGCGACGUCGGCGUCUUCCGGGCGGACAAAACCCCUCCGGCGGCGGGACGACGGCGCCCGGCGGUUAAGUUCGGUCCGGAGGUGGACGACGACGAAGACGACGACGGCGGCGGCGGCGGCGGAGGCCCCCGGCGCCCGCUCUACGUGCGGCCCAGCAUCAUGCCGCAGAAGCAGUGGGUCUACGUGAAGAAGGAGUGGCUCCAGGAGGACCUGGUGCUCACCUGCGAGGAGGACGAGGAGCCGGCGGAGACGGGGGGCGGCCGCGGCGAGGCGCCGCUCAGCAUCAGCGACGUGCGUACGCUCAGCGGGCCGCCGCCGGGCGCCAAGCUGGAGGAGCAGGUCAACUUCUGCGAGUCUUCGGAGGACUUGGCGGCUCCCUACGAAGCUCUGGAGGAGGCGCCGGCGGGAGCUUUCGGCCCUCGCUCGGCCCUCCUGCCCAUGGACAUGCAGGGCAACCAGAUCUUGGUGUUCCCGCCGCAGGCGCCCGUGGAGCACGGCGCCGUGCAGCUGGCCGCCGGCUCGGGCGACGGCAACAAGAUCUUCAUGUGCCACUGCGGCAAGGCCUUCUCGCACAAGAGCAUGCGCGACCGGCACGUCAACAUGCACCUCAACCUGCGGCCUUUCGACUGCCCCGUGUGCAACAAGAAGUUCAAGAUGAAGCACCACCUCACCGAGCACAUGAAGACCCACACGGGCCUCAAGCCCUACCAGUGCGACGUCUGCGCCAAGAAGUUCAUGUGGCGCGACAGCUUCAUGCGUCACAAGGGUCACUGCGAGCGGCGGCAUCGCUUGGCCGUCGCCGGCCCCGGCGUUGGCCCGGCGUUGGCCAAGAAGGAGCACGGGUUGGUGGCACCCGAUGGGGACUGGGGCAGCCUGCGGGAAGCCGCCGCCGCUGUUGCUGGUGCUGGUGGUGGCACUGGUGGUGCUGGUGGUGGUGCUGGUGGUGGCUCCUCGCCCCGGGCCGAGCUGGCUUUCGGCAAGAUGUGAGGUCGCUCCAGCGCCCGUGUCUCCUUCCCGGGCCGGACGCCUGGGCCCCAACUCGGACGCCUGGGCCCCAACUCGGACGCCUGGG